CGAACGGCUCUUUCGAUGGAUGGAGAAGUUGCGUGAGCACAGCGAGAGGCCGGUGCCGGAUAUGCUUGUGCUACCGCUCACAGCAUCGCUGCCGCAGGAGGUUCAGUCACGUGUCUUUGAGCCCACACCCCCGCGCUGCCGGAAGGUUGUGCUUGCCACCAACGUGGCUGAAACAUCCAUCACUAUCACUAACCUGUACUUUGUUGUUGACAGUGGGUUCUGCAAGCAGAAUGUCUUUGACCCCAAAACAGGAAUGGAACAACUGAAGAUUGUCCCCAUUUCACAGGCGCAGGCACAACAACGAGCCGGGCGCGCGGGGCGCAUUGGUCCCGGGAAGUGUUUCCGUAUGUACACAGAGCUACAGUUCCAAAUGGACAUGGAGCCUGCCACGGUGCCAGAUAUCCAGCGGUCUAACCUGUUUCAUGUGGUGCUACAACUGAAGGCAAUGGGCAUUAACGAUCUUUUUGCACUUGAUUUAAUGGAUCCACCACCGCAAGAAACUUUGGUGUCGGCGUUGCAGAAACUGCGUUACCUUGAGGCGCUUGACGAUGAUGGAUUAUUAACCCCACUGGGGGGUCGCAUGGCACAGCUCCCUAUCGAUCCCUCACAGAGCAAGACGCUUCUGACGGCUGUAGACAUGGGAUGCUGCGAGCCAGUGCUGACGAUUGUGUCGAUGCUUGCUGUGCAGAAGCGUGGAGUGUUUUACCGACCACGAGACCAGCAUGAGGCAUCCGACGCGGCGAAGCGACAAUUCCACCAACCAGAGGGGGAUCAGAUUACACUGCUGGCAGUUUACGAUGCGUGGGUGGCAAAUGGCCUCAGCGAGGAAUGGUGUAAACGCAACUUUUUAAAGCAUCGGAUAUUGAUGGAGGCCCGUGACACACGUGAGCAGUUAAGCGACAUGUUACACAAGCGCCACGCAUCGAUUCCGCAUCACAACGACGACGCGCUGACCGAGGUGCGGCGAGCCAUCACCGCAGGCUAUUUUUUUAACGUCGCCAAACGUAUCACGGACGUUGCAUACGCUACUCUGGCGGAACGGCGUGAGGUGUAUGUGCAUCCCUCGUCAUGCCUGCGGGAUGCACCGCCGAAGUACGUUCUGUACAACGAGUUGCAGCUGACGAAUCGGGAGUACAUGCGGGAGCUGCUGGUGAUUGAGCCCCAGUGGUUGGUUGAGCUUGCCCCGGCCUUCUACAGUAGGCCGCGAAAGGGAAAGCUGACAAAGGAACAACGAGCGGAGCGUCUCAACCCAAUUUUGCGCGCCUGGGAAAAUGGGAGCUCGUGGAGGAUCUCAAAGCUGCGUCGCCGGAAGUGA